AUGCGCCGUCCUCUCCUCAUCGCCUCCCUUGCGGGGUCUGUUCUCGGCAUCGCCCUACCAGAACAUGGUAUUCGCGAUGUCCCGCUGGAUGCCAACGUGUACGACGGCGACUUCGUCACUGUGCAAGCCACUGAGACUACCUACGUCAUUGACACGACUGGCCCGUGCGAAGAUGAGGAUAGCACCAUCGCCCCCACGACGACGACAACCACCACCACCACGACCACCACUACAACUACAACUACCACCACUACUCUGAAAGGCUCCCCAGCUCCUGAAGUUACACCCGCGGCAGUGCUUGAUGAACCUUCAAAUGGGUCCUCGACCUCAGCCGACAGUGGCCAGGCUGACAUCAGCUAUGCCUCGUCUUCUAUCACGGACUCCUCGCCUUGGCCAACGAUGCUGCCUGCAGUGCCUGGAAACCAGCCUGUUGUUGGCCUCGACUGCUUGGCCCCGACCAACAGCACCAAGUUCACUUUCACUUUGGAUGGCAACUCAGAUCCAUCGACCGAGCACCUUUUCGCUGAGAUGACCGCAAACCAUUCAACCCUUGCUGUUGUUUUGGAAUACUCCCAGCUCGUCCUAAAUGUCAGGUGCGCCGACCAGGGUCUGGAGGUCGAUUUCUGGACUGCAUCGGCAUUAGAAUACGUUCAGUCCGCCUGGGACGUGAACUUCAUCGCCAUUACCUGGAGUGCGGAUUGCGGCUCGGCUCCCACCGGCCACCACAGCUACUGGAACGUAACCAGAGUGUCCUAUCCAGACAGCACACUUACCGCUCUUCUUGACGCCACCGAGAUCGCCAUUGAGGACGCCAUGGACCAAAUUCACUUGAUAUGGGGCACUCACGUCCCGGAAGAUCCUUUAGACUCUGGCGCUGGCUCUGGCUCUGGCUCUGGCUCAUCAGAUGAUGGCGCUUCCAACUACGCUCCCAACAACGACACCGAUCCCACUCUCUCCGAUGACUCCGAUGCCGACGUUGAUGCGGACUGGGUUGAUGAUCUGGGCUACUACGACGCUGAGGGCAACUACUAUUACUACAAUCUCAACACCGACUCGGACGACGAUGAAGAGGGCUACUACGACUUCGAGAACGACUUCUCGAACGCACUGCAUGCUUUUGCUCCGGGGCUGACCACGUACAUGGAAGACGAUUUCGAUGAGGAUGACAGCCCGGCUAAUGCCACCGCCGGUGACCCUGACUACGAUCUUGAGUGGAGUGGCAUCCUGCGCCGCGACCCAGCUCCGCAAAAUAAAAACGGCGCCAAAGGGGGGACAACAUCAUCGACGAAAGGCGGUGCAGCAUCAAAUGCAAAUGCAGGUGGGAAGGGUAGCACGCCAGCAGGUGGAGCAACAGGAGGUAAGACUGGCAACGCGCCGGCGAAUCCUGCAGGUGGGGCAACAGGAGGAAAAGGACAAGUUGGAACAGGUAACCAACCGGCCAAUCCUGCAGGUGGGACAGCCAACGUGCCGGCGAACCCUGCAGGUGGAACAGCGGGAGGAAAAGUACCAGGUGGACCGGGUACCUCAGGGACGUCCCCAUCGGCAAAUAAUGCAGGUGGAGCAUCGGGAGCAAACCCAGGAGGCGGUACAGUCAACGCGGCCGCGAAUGGUGCAGGUGGAGUGCCGGGAGGAAAAGCACCAGGCGGAUCGGGGACGUCGGCAGCGCCAGCGGCAGCAGCGAACGGUGGAGGUGCAGCACCAGACGGUGGCCGCCAGAGAUCGAAUUCAGUCGGAGGCCUCACCGACGCACAGAAGAACGUUAUUGCAAACACCAAAAAUACCGCCAAGAAAGACAGGAUAGCCAACCAGAAGAAUGUGGCUACUGUGAUGGCCCAAAACGCGAAGCAGAUCACCGAGAACGAGCAAAAGUCGUUCGAUAACGCCGUUAGCAGUCUCGGAAAAGCCAAAACACAGGCCUCAGACGCCCGGAAAGAUUAUCUCAAUGCGAAAGCCGCCGCAGACGCCAAUCCAUCGGACAAGGCGCUUGCUGCAAAAAUGCAGGCUGCUAAGAAGGCGCUUGACGACAAGAACAAGCAAGUUACAAAUGCCUCAAAGACUGUUCAGGAUAACGCAAAAUCGCUUAAGACGGCCAAAGACAAGGAAAGUGCAGCAAGGAUUGCCAGUGAGCUCACAGAGCCCAAGAAACUUCUAACCGGAGCGGCGAAAGAUCUAAAAACCGACGCGUUGGCCAUCGCGAAGGCUGUGACAAAGGACACGCUGGCCAAGCUGGAGGAAGACAAGGGACUCUUCCAAAGUAUCGUGGACAAAGCGACAGGUAUCUUCGACUUCUUCAAGAAAGCCUAUGAUUUGAUCCAGGAUGUAAAGAACGUUGUCAGUGGGUCUACUCUCAAGCCAGAGUCUACGUUCGAGAUCGACAUUUCGCCCGCUCUCAAGAACCCGGAUCAGGUUUUCGAUUCUCCUUGGGGUGAACAGUAUAGGAUUACGAGCGGAGGAGAGGAUAAGUCAAAGUACAGCCUAUACUGUGUCGACUGCGGCAUCCAAGCGAACAUUCGUAUUGCUGGCGAAGUACGGUUGAACAUACUCGAGGGAAAGCUAGACAAAAGCACCAUUACGGUCGAAGGCAGUAACAUCAAGGCGAAACUCUUCCUCGGGCUGGAGGUCGAUAUUGAAGAAACAGCAGAAAAGACGUACAACAUCUUUAAAGCCCCAAUCCACCCAGGAUUCAGCAUCCCCAAGAUCAUUACGAUAGGUCCGGCAGUGCGUCUGGACGCGCGGCUGAAGAUGAAGCUGUACGCCAAGGGUACGCUUCUCGCGGGAGCCGAGGCUGGCUUCACCGACUUCAAAGCCACUCUCGACCUAGCUAACAGUAAGAAUUCCGGGUUAAACGGCUUUGUGCCUAAAUUUGAUCCCAAGUUUGAGGCGUUCGGCUCGAUCCGGGCAAGUACUCGGCUGGGAUUCCCGCUUAGUAUAGGCAUCGGUAUCGACAUCCCCUUGGCCAAGUUCAACAAAGGUAUUUCCAUUGCAAAUGAGCCUUUUAUCAAAGGAACAGCAAGCUACGGCGUCGAAAAGAGCUGUCCUAAGGGCAUCGAUUACAGCGUUGGAGGCGGCAACAAUAUUUACGCCAACCUUCUCGAGCUUACAACAGUCACUUUCCUCACUUAUACCGCGCCGCCGCUGACCACCGGCUGCUACUCGAUCCCGACGGGCAUUGCGAAGUUGCUUCCCGGCCCCCGCAUCGCCGCCGUCGAGGACGAGGGCAACCACGUCGACCUGAAUGGCGUGAUCGACGACACCAAGAGCUCCAGCAAGCCCGGCCAGAGCCCCACGACCACCGAUCCCGACAAUUUCCGAUACGGCAGCGUCACCGCCGGCAACGGCGUGUGGCUCCUGACCGCCGGCGACGACGGCGGCCUGAAUCUGAUCCCGGCGAAGCUCGCAACCACCGGCAAGCAGGGCGAGCAGAUCGGCACGCAGAGCGCCUUCGCGUACAUGAAAAACGCCGUGUCCGCCGACGAUAAGCAGCGCCUGCUCGCCUUCUCCCGCACCAACAUGGAAGAUCAGAGCCUCGAGGUGUCGAAGCUCAAACUCGUCGACCAGGGCAUGAUCGCUGAGGGGGAUGCGGCUAUUUCUCUGAUUCCGGUAGAGAUGAAGGGUGGUGAUACUACGCUCAUGCCUGUCGACACGCUUGGCGAUACAUACUUUCCCGUCGCGUGCCAGGUCAGGAACAAGGCGGACCCGAGCGUCAAGCUGAACAGAGUGUUCAUCGUCAAGGACGGCAAGAAGGGCGUUACUACACUGGGACUCAGCAGCGCGAAGAUCGUCACCGGCGGCGAGUUCAUGGAAAAGUGCCAGCAGAUUGCGUUCGAUCCCCCAAGCGCGGUUGGUUCUUGA